AUGUCAAAGAUUCAUAAACAAGACUUUCUGAACAGCCAAAUUCAACCACAGGUCAAACAAUUGUUUUUCGAAAUAUUACAUUCAGAAACAGAUCAAAUCAUUCAAAAUUUACUCAUUGCUUCAAUUGAAUUACUCACCUGUAUCGCAAAUGGACAAUGGCCAGAAUUAAUUCCUUAUUCUAUCGAAUGCGCUGGUCUUGGAACGCAGCAGAGUCUAUUUAUUGCUACUAGCUUACUUUCUAUUGCAGAAUUUCAUAUUGAACCUGAAGAUUUAAGUGGAUUAGUUCCAGAAAUCAACCAAAUGAUUGUAAACGCUUUAUCUUUUAAUAACAACGUCGAGCUCGUAAAAUCCGCUGGUCUUCUCUUCGCCAACACUAUUUGCAAGCUAAAUGAAGAAUUUCCAGAAACAAUUCGCCCUUCAUUAGACAAUUUAUUAAGAAUACUACAAGAAAACCUUUCCAAUGCAACCCCAAUUGCAAGACACAUAUGUGAUUCCCUUGAAAGAUCAAUCACACAAGCGGGAGUUAUGAAUCCAAUGGAAUUAACACAGAAUCUACUUCAAAUUCUUACUCCAUCCAUCAGUCCAGGUAAUAUUUACACUCUUUUCUUGCCAAUUUCCAAGUGUUUCAUGACAUUUCCAAGAGAUAUGAGAGAAAUGAUACCACAGUUCAUUGAAUCCAUUAUUAAAUACUCUGAUCUUCAAUUUGAUACAAAUGUAAGUGCAUACGAACAGUCAGAUUGCAGAGAUCUCUUUGAAAUAAUCUUUGCCGAAAUAAAUGCAACAAGAUUAUGGGAAAUGAUCCAUGAAUUGUUCGUUUACGAAGGCCAAGGAUCAGCAUUUACCAUCAUUUUGAUCUUAGAUACCUUUAUUAUGCACGAUCCUUAUGUUGCACUAAAUAAUCUUUCAACAAUCAUGGGAUUCUUAGCAUCAAUCCUUUCAAAUGAAGAGUUCUGCAUGGCUGUUAGGGAAGCAGCCUUCUCCGCGUUGACGAAUUUCAUUUCAGAAUCAAAUCAUAGUUUAGAUGCCUAUUCUGAGGACAUCUACAACUUAAUUGUUGCUAAUCUUCAGAUUGAAGGCAUUUCCGAUGAUCUCCGCCGCGAAAUUAUCUAUUGUUUGAUGGAAUGUAUGGAAAACCUUCCAACGCCAGCCGAAAACUACGAAUUCAUAUGGGAUGUGAUCAAGACAUCCAUACAGAUCAGUAAUUUGGUCUCUCUUUCCCUUGAAUGUCUCCAGAUUUUCAUAACUUUAGGCGGAAAGGAGCUCUCAAGCAUAUACCAAGAGAUCAUAUCCAUCAUCAGCGACGCAAUGGAGGUCGACCAAACCGCCGACCAAUUAAUUCGAGGAAACGCGAUUAUCGCUUUAGGGCAUUUGCUUGCAGCUGACAACUCAUUAAUGCAAGAGCCCAACUUGUUACAGACAAUUAUCGAGGCUGCCCAAAGCGAUGACUUCGAUCUACAAUGCGCAAGUGUAUCUGCUAUGUCAUGCAUCAUUGCAGAGCCAGUACAAGGCAUAGAAGAGCUUGUUCCUCUUGGUCUGAACCUUGUUAAGUCGAUCUGCAACGGCGAUAUCCUUACAACUCUUGUAAAAAUGAAUGAUAUCGGAGAAGAAGAGGAUAUGAACGACGAUGGAGACAAUAGGAAGUCUAGUAAAGCCAUGGAUGCUAUAAAUACACUAAACCAAUGCUUUACUUUGCUUAAAUCCAUUGUUGAAAUUUAUCCAAAUUCAUUAAACAGGGAAGAUGUUGAUGAAUUCAUGAAUAUACUCACUUCUUACUUCUCUGUGUUCAACCUCGACCCAAUGCUGGCAAGAUGUUCACUGGAAACUGCUGUUUCAAUGACAAUUAAAUACCAAUUAAACGCAGAAGAGCUUUUGGAGAAUGCUUCCGAGCUAACAACAGUUCCUAACGCUGAAUUAGCUGGAAUAUUCUUCCAGGCUGCUGAUUUGCUCUUUAAUACGAACACUCUUUCUCAAGAUUUCGUUUUUAGACCAGAUGAAGGUUUGUUCGCUGAAACAAUGACGGCCUUGAAGCAUAAGCUACCUAUACAACAGGUUGAUGGCCCAGGAAACGAUGAUGAUGAAGAUGAUCUUCCAUUUGAAGGAGAUGACGAAGAUGCACCAGCUAAUUUAGAACAAGAAACAAAGUUUGAGGCCAAGUUGAUGCCGAAUGUCUAUAAAUUAUGUAUAGACAUCAUAUCAAAAUAUCCAAAUGAAAUUAACCCAACAGAAAUUGUCCAAGCAUGCAAGUCAUGCGUUAAGAGUGACUCGAAUGAGGCAUCCGCAUGCUCUCAGGUCAUUGCUGCCUUGUUUAAGUACUGUGGAGACAAAUUACAUACAAUUGCAAGAAGUGAAGCCGUAAAACUCAUUGUAACAGCAAUAGGAGAGAUUGACGGCAACACUACACCGUAUGUUUUAGUCUCUGCAAGGACAAUUGUAAAUUCUAACCCUCAAAUUCUCGAAAAACACUUGUCAAAGCUGUUUGAUGACUCAUCGUCUUUUGUACAGAGUGAUAACCAAGGUCAGGCGUACUAUUUCCAGACAAAAACCGCCGCGGUAGCAUUUAUUUGUUCAUUAGUUCAAAAUGGAAUGAUAGAACUAUCCGAGGCAUUGCCAAUAAUAAUAGAGGCAUUCCCUCUCGAGAUUGGCUUCGAUGAUUGCUCUUCUGUCGCUUAUUCAACACUUUUAACCGCAUUUAACCAAAGCGACCAAGAAACAAAGGAAAGAUUGGCACAAAUAUUCGUGCAUUGCGCUAGUUUGGAUCAGAGAGGAAAGUCAAAACUUUUGAUUUCUGAUGAUGUUUUUUCAAAUGUUGUUCGUGUUGCUCAACAAUUUGCAAGUAUUUAG